GCUCGCCAUGGCCGUCAGCGCCCUGAGUAAGGCUGCCCGGCCAACGCAGCGUCUCCUCCGCCGCGGCCUGGCCACCCACGUCCCUGUUCACAAGGACUGCUCCUCGAUCACGCCGCCCUAUGAGCAGCUGCUCGAGAAGCUCGCUCUCGUGCGCGAACUGCUCAACAACAGGCCACUCACGCUCGCUGAGAAGAUACUUUACAGUCAUCUCCAUGACCCUGCUAAGAGUCUUGCAGGCGGUGGUAAAAUCCGUGGUGAAAGCUACCUCCAGCUCUCCCCGGAGCGCGUCGCGAUGCAAGACGCUUCUGCUCAGAUGGCACUGCUCCAGUUCAUGAGCGCAGGGCUCCCUAGAUGCGCCGUCCCGACCAGCAUUCACUGCGACCAUCUUAUCCAAGCGGCAGAAGGCGCAGAGACGGACUUGAAGCGUUCUAUCGUUUCGAAUCAAGAGGUCUUUGACUUCCUGGAGAGUGCUGCCAAGAAGUAUGGUAUCGAGUUCUGGAAGCCUGGUUCGGGCAUCAUUCACCAGAUUGUCCUUGAGAACUAUGCAGCCCCCGGAAUGCUAAUUUUCGGAACAGACUCGCAUACUCCUAAUGCUGGUGGCCUUGGAAUGCUAGCUAUCGGUGUUGGAGGCGCUGACGCUGUGGACGCAAUGACUGGCACUCCAUGGGAGCUCAAAGCGCCUCAGGUUGUCGGCAUACACCUGACUGGGCAAUUGAAUGGUUGGGCAACGCCGAAGGAUCUCAUCCUCCACUUGGCAGGCAAGCUGACUGUCAGGGGAGGAACAGGUCGCAUUCUGGAAUAUUUCGGUCCCGGUGUCGCAAACCAGUCCUGCACGGGUCUGGCCACUGUUGCGAACAUGGGCGCUGAAGUUGGUGCCACGACGUCGACUUUCCAAUAUACACAGAACAUGCGUGAAUACCUCAUUGCAACGGGUCGUGCGCCGGUCGCACACGCCGCCGACAAGGCUGCUGCAAAAGGCUUCUUGCAAGCUGAUGAAAAGGCCGAGUACGACGAGGUCAUUGAGAUUGACUUAUCGAAACUCGAGCCCAUGAUUAACGGUCCUUUCACCCCUGAUUUGGCUACUCCGCUCUCCAAGUUUGGUUCCUUCGUCAAAGAACAAGGAUGGAAAGACGAACUUUCCGCCGGUCUUAUUGGUUCUUGCACUAACAGCUCUUACGAGGACAUGACACGUGUGGCAGAGUUGGCACGCCAGGCAAAAGAUGCUGGUCUUACCGCCAAGGUUCCUUUCCUCUGCACUCCCGGUUCUGAACAAAUCCGUGCGACCAUGGAGCGUGACGGUGUCACGAGCUGUCUGCAAGACGUUGGUGCUACCGUCUUGGCCAAUGCUUGUGGACCAUGUAUCGGCCAGUGGAAGCGCGAGGACUCCAAGAAUGAAGAGAAUGCCAUAUUGACCUCUUUCAACCGGAACUUCAAGUCUCGAAACGACGGAAACCGCCUUACGAUGAACUUCCUCGCGUCGCCCACAAUCGUGACUGCCAUGGCUUUCUCCGGGAAACUCUCAUUCAACCCCAUGCAUGACUCUAUCGACCUUCCCUCCGGCAAACCGUUCAAGUUCAGCCCGCCCGUAGGACAGGACCUCCCGUCGCAGGGAUUCGCUGCCGGCAACACUGACUACUACCCCAGCCCCACCCCUGAGCCCCAGCCUGAGACGAAGAUAAUCAUUGAUCCUAAGUCACAGCGAUUGGAGAUCCUCGAGCCCUUCACGAGCCACUUCGGAGAGGGCAACGGUAACACGCGUGGAAACGAGCUCCCUCCUCUAAAGGUGCUGAUGAGAGUGCGAGGCAAGUGCACGACUGACCAUAUCUCUGCGGCUGGACCAUGGCUCAAGUACAAGGGGCACUUGACGAAUAUCUCUGAGAAUCUUCUGAUCACGGCUGUGAAUGAUGAAAAUGGUGAAGUCAAUGUUGCAUUUGACCAUGAUCACGAUGCCUCUUCGUCAUCGACCGAUACGAUACCUGCUGUCGCCAAGCGCAUGAAGGCUCGCGAUCAACCCUGGGCUCUGGUAGUCGAUGACAAUUACGGUGAAGGCAGUGCUCGCGAGCAUGCCGCGCUGCAGCCACGAUUCUACGGCUGCGCUGCCAUUGUCGCCCGCUCGUUCGCGCGUAUUCACGAGACUAACCUGAAGAAACAAGGCGUUCUACCUCUCUGGUUCGCUGACAAACGCGACUACGCUCGCAUUGGCUCGGGAGAUGUCAUCGAGACUGUCGGCCUCGCUGAGUUGAUCGAGGGUAAGGCUGAUGCGACCGUAAGCCUUCGGGUGACGAAGCGUGAUGGCGGGGUCUUCACCAUACCCACCAAGCAUACCAUGUCCAGCGACCAACUCGAAUGGCUCAAGGCUGGAUCCGCUCUUAACUACAUUAGAUCACAGCUGGCUUAAAAAUCCGUAGUAUUACUAGCUCCGAUUACGGGUAUAUACAAUGUCAUUAAAUGGCUUUAGUUUAAAGGGUACAUUGAAUGGUGCCAAGACUUCAUGUCGAGGUUAGAGUCUUUCCUAGAGAUGUGAGCUCUGAGGCGUUGAGAAGUUCGUGCUCCUUGAGGACAGAUAGCGCUCCUUUAGCGAGUGUUAUCACUGAGUCGGGCAUUCCGGCGAGCUGAGCAACUUUAAGGCCGUGGCUGUCUCUGUUCACGCCCGGUUUCAGACGAUGAGAGUACGCGAAAUGAUUGUCGUCGAUCUCUUCGAUCCCAGUGCAGUGGAAGCUUAUACCCUCAAAGGAGCCUCGCCCGUGAGAUUUGCCAUCGUAGCCGAGAAUGUCUGCUAGUUCGUGAAAGUGGGUGGCAAAGAGUGCUCGAGAACGAUUGACAGUCAAGAGAUGGUGGACGGUCGCAAAGGCAAUAGCAAGACCGUCCUUGAUGGUAGUGCCUCGACCCACCUCAUCCAUGAUAACCUGGCUACGAGGCGUCGCCCGCCGCAAGAUUUCUGCAGUUUCAAGCAUCUCGACCAUAAAGGUACUCCUAUCGCGGAACAGAUCGUCCUUAGCCCCAACCCGAGAGAAGAGUCUGUCCACGAUACCGACGACGGCCGAUUCUGCAGGGACGAAUGAACCGGUCUGGGCAAGAAGGGCAAUUAAUGCUACUUGUCGAAGCACUGUAGAUUUUCCCGCCAUGUUAGGGCCGGUGAUAACCUGCAAACGGGAGGCAUCGGUCAUUUCGAUCGAGUUCGGAGUGAAGACUCGUCCCGCAGCAAGAAGUCCCUUCUCGACUGUGGGGUGUCUACCAUCAACGAUUUCAAAAGACAUGUCGUCCGUUACCUGAGGCUUCACGAAUCCCAUCUCCUUAGCGAGCCUAGCGAAACCAAUCGUGACGUCUAGCUCGUCCAUGAUGCGCGAGUUUCGCCUGAUAUGCUCUGCACAGGCAGCUACCUCGUCGCGUAGCAUUCUGAAAGCUUC